AUGGCCUUCGAGGAGUGUUCUUUGACCAGUGAUGAUAUUGUGACGCUAGUUCUGACAGAUGGCGGUUCUGAUUCAUUCUCGAAGCGCGAGCUCGUACCAAGGGAGAUCCAGCGCUGGACCGCGAGGCUUUUACGCCCCGCCCUCGAGUUAACAGUUCGUGUUUUGCAGGAUGAGGAGAAAGUACAAGGCCAACGGUUGAGGCCGGAGCCUGCACCUGGCAAGCCCAAAAGCGCAUCAGGGCCAAAUACAAGUAAACGAGGCCGCAAACAAGCAAAAGGCCUUAUAGAAAUUGAGCCCGUAGUCGGAGCGAGGGAUUUUUACCCAGAAGACAUGGUCGUCAGAGAAUGGCUAUUCGAACAGUUUAGAAGCGUUGCCAGUUCCUUCUGCUUUCAACCGUACGAUGCGCCCAUCUUGGAGCCGGCAGAUUUGUAUUCUAGGAAGGCCGGAGAAGACAUCACGAAGCAAAUGUACACGUUCAAGGACAAGGAAGAUUACAACGUCACGCUGAGGCCAGAGAUGACCCCGUCUCUGGCCAGAAUGCUGUUGAAGCGCGGAAAGGCGAUUUUAUUUCCUAUUCGUUGGUACACAAUCGCUCAAUGUUGGAGGUUUGAGACAAUGACCUUAGGAAGGAAGAGAGAACAUUACCAGUGGAACAUGGAUAUAUUCGGCGUCAAGGCCGUCACGGCAGAAGUUGAAUUGUUGGCUGCCAUUACGUGUCUUCUUAGUAGACUUGGACUCUCUUCUAAAGACGUGGGCAUCAAGAUAAACAGCCGAAGGGUCCUUCAGCAAGUUCUGGAACCGUUGGGAGUGGUGGGAGAUAAGUUCGCCCCGGUUUGCGUUAUUGUAGACAAACUCGACAAAUUGACGCCGGAGCAGGUCCAUGCGGACUUGUGCGCUCUGGGAAUUGGACCCGAAGUAAUUCAAAAGAUAAAGGAAAUUUUGGACAUCAACAAUUUAGAACAACUCGAAUCGGUGCUCGGGAGCGAAAACGAAACAGUCCAAGAAUUGAAAAAAAUUUGGUCACUCGCCAAAGAUUACGGAUUCGAAGAUUGGCUCGUUUUCGAUGCGACCAUUGUCAGGGGUCUCGCCUAUUACACAGGCAUCGUUUUUGAAGUUUUCGACAGAGAAAAUAGCUUUAGAGCUAUUUGUGGCGGGGGCAGGUACGAUAAUCUGAUGACUACCUAUGGAUCGAAAGAAGACAUUUCAGCCGCCGGAUUCGGGUUCGGCGAUGUUGUCAUUCAGGAACUACUCAAAAAAAAAGGACUCAUCCCGGACCUGAGUAAGUCCGUUCAAGACGUGGUCGUGCCAUUUGACGAGAGUUUGCGGGGCGCCGCCUGCCAAGUGGCCUCAAAGUUGAGAGCAAAAGGACGCAAAGUUCAACUUCAAUUAAUUCCAAAGAAAAAAAUCACUUGGUAUUACGAAAUGGCGAGCCGUGUGAACGCAGAGUAUAUAUACCUGAUCGCCCCGGCGGAGUGGAAACAAGGAUGUGUCCGAGUUAAGUGUCUGUCCUUACCAGAAGACCAUCCAGACAAACAAAAAGAUGUUCAGUUUGCUGAUUUGUAAAACCACACAAUUCUCAUCGCAACUUCUCUCUCUGCAAAAAAUCUAUCGUUUCCACAAUUAAAAAAACACACUUUGAACAAAA